CCUUGACGCGACAACCUCUCACCUUAAUCGUAACGAUUGACAGCAAAUUCGCGUCGGCGCUUUUUUUUUGAUCUUAUCGCACCAAAAGUUUGUUGGCGACAUAUCAAUUACUUCUCCUUAUACUUCGCUAACUGCCGCACUCUGCACUCUGCAUUCUGCAUUCUGCACUCUGCACUCUGCACCAUUUCCAACUUCCAACCUUUGUCCGCUGCGCUCUAUGCGGUCUGCACUAUAACCAUGGCGACCGUAGUAGAAGCAAACAGCGAAAGAGGCAGGGACCUCGACGGCGAUAUUUCACCAGACAACAAGAACUCUAGCUCUUUGAUGCACGUUAUCCCGCCUUUAGAUACUUCAAGUAAUGGCCUCGAGUCGCUCACCAUGCGCGCUGACCCGGACGCCCAAGCAACCGUAACCGAUUUUCUCGACUUUACAGAAUAUUUGCCAUCCGACAUGGUGCGAUCUCUUACACUGAUUGGAAAACUUGACCAAGCUUACAUCGACGCAUCCUCUGCCGUUAACGAACUCACUUCCACAUGGGCAAAAUUGCCAACCUUGCCAGCCGACCAGCGUCCUGCACCGGUCCAGUUGCGCAAAGAUAUAUCCGAGAAUUUGAACCGCGCUGUCAGCUCGCGCAUCUUCUCUCACGCCGAGGCUGUUCGCAUCCAUGAGAACGUAGUCAGACACUAUAACCGAGCUAAAACCAUACAUGCAAAGCUACUGGCAAUGCGCGAUAAUUAUCCUACUGCCUUGGAACAAAAUAGCCCUACACAGGUUAAGUCGCCACAGACGGUUCGCACUCCUAAGAUCACACUUCGCCUUGACAGCAAUGGACAGAAGAUCCAGAGGCCACCUCGCAUCACCGUUCCGGGUGAGGUACUCGCGCCUUAUGAAAUCGAUUUCAACGCUUACAGCUCCUUGAGCGACGAGAGCUCUGAGGAAGAAGAGGAGGAAGAUAUAGCUAUGUCGCCUCCUAGGCGAGUCCCAACUCCGUCGACUCGUAUCAAGGUGGUUCGGCCCCCGAAAUCUCCUAAACCUCCCAAGCAGAAGAUUCCGAAACCGCCACGGCCACCUCGAACUCCAGCUAACCGGUCUGAGAAUGCGAUUCCCAUGAUGUCCACAAGCACGGCCUUGGCACAACUGCAGCCACCUCCCGAGAACGCCAUCCCCGGUAGUGCUGACGCCCCAUGGCUUCAAUUGACACCUUAUGAACUUGCCAAACUCCGUAAGAGGAUGAAGAAAAAUGCCGUGUGGAAUCCCAGCGAUACUAUGAUAGCCCGAGAGCUCAAAAACUUGGGUCGUGGCGUCGAAGCGUAUAGAGCCGCCCAGAAGCAGGCAGAGGAGGAGGGGAAACCUUUUGAUGCUGCCCUUCCUACUCCGGUGGUUGAUGCCGAGUCGGGAGCUAAGCACCCACCUGAAGGUGCCAUUAGCGCCGAGGCUUUAACAGCAGACGAGGUACAGUUAAGCAACCGCGGCAUGAAGUUAAAUGAGGCCAAGAAGCUGAAACGUGAAUCGAUGGCAAGGAUUGCUGCCGAGGAAGCAGAAGAAUCAGCGAGGAAAAUGGUAGAAGCUGCUCGCAUGUUCCUUAACCAUGAAGGUUCGCCGUCUGUGAACGGGAGCACGCAAGAUAGAGCCCCUGAGACAAACCAGAAUCAAGGCAAGACCGGCAAGACCAAGGGUAGGAAGCGAAAGCGCAACUCGAUGUCGGAAACUCCUGUUGCUGAGAAGCCCGAAGGGGCUCAAAGUCUGCCGGCGAAUCCGCCGGCGAGCCAGACGCCUAGUCAUUCCGAGAGACCCCCGCUGAAGCGGACUAAGACCGAAACCCCUGUUCCGUUGCCUCAGUUAACUCCUCGGCCUCCAUCUGUACCACCUCCACCGCCCGCAACUGCUGCACCAACAGAGACUCCGGUCCCCGUCCCUGUCCCGCAGCUAGGCAAGAUCGCUCAGGCUGCUCCCACAUCCAAGACGCCAGUACCGGUUCCCGUUCCGGUUUCUUCUGAUACGUCUAUGGUGACUACCAGGUCUGCUGCCUCCUCCUCCGGGGCGACAAGUCCAGCUCCACCAUCUAAUGCUGCCACCACGGCAUCUGUCAAACCCCCGGCAGAGACGCCCAUUCCGCCUCCUAUCAAGACUUCGACUACACCUAUCCCCCCUCCGAUGCCCAAAAGGGAAACUAGACAGAAUAUUCAAGCAGCUCCGGUCUCGACCCCAGCUAACCACAAGCAGUCCAGUUCCCGGAGCAAUACGCCGGCAACUACACCUGCCCCUGAGUCUCAGCCUCUUCCCGUGCGUAGGCCUACCUCACGCGGGAAAGCUGCAAGCCAGGAACCCCCAACUUUUGCAGCCGAACGACCUCGCCGUACUAGCACGGCUAGAAAUACUCCUGCUCCAGAGCUUCGUCAGUCCAGCAAACGUACCAAACGACCUGCUCCAGGCGUCGUGACGACCAACUCGGGCGGUACUAGCGCUAUAGGAAAGCGCAAGGCAGCUCCACGUAAGAAAGCUCGCGGUGGCAACCCCAAAAAGGAGAGGGGUGCAAGUCAGCAGGCCGAGCAGGAAGUAGAAGUGGAGGUGGACGACGACGGUAAUGUAAUCGAUCCCAACGAACCAAGAUACUGCCUCUGCAACAGAGUCAGCUUCGGCACUAUGAUACAGUGCGAUAACGUAGAUGUGAGCGCAACAAAGACUACUACUACUACUGCAGCCCCAGCACGUGGUGACAAGAAAGCACACAAGAAGAAACUAACCAUCCACCACGUACAGAAUUGCAAGCAAGAAUGGUUCCACCUUGAGUGCGUGGGACUGACUGAGAUACCGGCACGUACGACGAAGUGGUAUUGCCCUGAGUGUCGUAAACUGCUAAAUAUCGGAGGAAGAGGAGAAGUGACUUCGCGUGGCGUCAAGAUGUGAUGCUUAGCCCUCGACGCUAAUCUUUCUAAUUAUUCGAGCAUCGCGGCUCGUACCUACCUUACAGUUUCUUUUUAAUGUUCUUUUUCAUUCGACAUGCAUUUUCCUUUACUGAUACCCCCAUACCGUUUAUUUGACUCUUAACCUAGUCAUUGAGUGCUCUUUACCAGACUGCCAAACACCUCGCCUUAACCGGUCUUAGCAUAUGCCAACAUGGAAAUCCACGAAUUUGGGGCGAUGCGCGAAUAUACACUACCCCGAAGGACAAAGUUCUAAACGUUCUGAGGGUUUCGAGAGGACUACUAUUUUGUACACGUCAGGAGCUUAGGGCUUCAAUUAUAGCAUCACUUUUGUGGUUCAUACAUACCACCUCCAACAUUAGAUAUACAAAGUUAUAUAUGUCUACUAUGCUCACGUCUCUAUAACCUAUUCACUUUGAAGUAUAACAGUCUCAAGAUCAGCCAAAGCCUGAAGUUUCGAACACCUGGAGAGGCGGCAAAGUGUAACGUCGUAAAGGUUUAGGAAUGAUACCAGCCGGAUUAUUCGGUUACAGCUGGCCUGUAAGAUACCUAAGGCUACGGUACUAGCCUUAAACUGAGAAUAUUAGUCGCAGAAAGAGUGGCUUUGCUUUAGCUUUGAAUGAUCUUCCGGAGGGAGAUUUCUCGUUUGAGGAGCAGUUGCCUAGUGACAAAGACGGGUAUAAUGUAUAUCUCCAAUAGUAAUUUAAACUUGUG